CCACCUAUUAAUACCCCAGCCCCCCCCCCCCUCCCCUCUCUCCCAUGAGCAGGGCUUCGAAGAAUCUGACACCCCUUGCGUUACGCUUCAAAGAGACAGCGACACUCUGUACGUGGUCUCCGUGAGUCGUCCUUAGCGUGGCGCUCCCGAGUCACCCGCUACGACCCAGUCACCCACCCCCCUACGACCCAGUCACUCGCUAAGACUCAAGUCACCCACCCCUGCACCCCCUACGACCCAGUCACCCGCUACGACUCAAGUCACCCACCCCCGCACCCCCCGCGCGCCGCUCGCAGGAGUCAUUCCCCGCUACCUCUCGACGCUGCGCUCACAAAUCGAUCUCCCUCGCGCUGCGAGCACGCGCCGCUGAGCGCUGCGCUUGAGUCACCCGUCGUGCGCCGUUUGCAAGGAGUCAGCUUCGAGCCGCGUGCACGUGCAGUUGUCACCCUGCGCUCGUGUUCAAAGAGUCGUCGUCGUCGUACUCGUCGUCCUCGUAGUCGCUGGGCUUCCAGAACUCACUCCCUGCUGAGUUGUUCACCUAAAAGUCGCCACCGGCUUCCAGGAAGUCAUCCCGUGCUCUGCUCCUUCGGGAAAUCACUCGCUCUGCACCCGGGCUUCCAAGAAUCAUCCUUGCGCUGCUCUUCCAACAGCAGUCACCCCUGCGCUCUCGAUCCAAGAGUCAACCCUGUGUGACCCUGUACGAGAGUCACCCCCUGCGCUGCUCUUCCAGGGGAGUCGCUCUGCGCUGGGGAGUCGCUCUGCGUAGCAGGAGCAGCAGCACCGCCACUGGCGCACCCCGAUGCGCUCUGCGCCCUCUUCCAUCCCGCGCCUGUCAGCGCCGCGCGGCGUUUCUGCGCCAUGAACGCCUCUUCGCUUCUCAACUUGAACGCCUCCCUGCUCGCCCUGAACGACUCCCUGGGAGUGUUCAACGCGACGCUGCUGGGCCACGCUGGAGCGACAAACGACUCCGCGCUGGGCCCGUGCUGUAACCUCUCGGCACCGGCGGUGGCAGACGGAGGAGGAGGAGGAGCCGGCUUCCAGGCGCCGCUGGCCGACCCCAGGAACCUGUACAUAUUCCGCGUGGUGCAGAUCGCCGUCAUGUGCGUGCUCUCGCUCACCGUCGUCUUCGGAGUCUUCUUCCUCGGCUGCAAUCUGCUCAUCAAGUCGGAGAGCAUGAUCAACUUUCUGGUGAAGGAGCGGAGGCCCUCCAGGGAGGUGGAGGCUGUCAUCAUCAGGACCUACUGACGGCGCGCGUACCAUGCGGUAGAGAGAGAGCCGUGCCGUGCCCAAUUUCCCGAGCUCGUUCGAGGCUUCUGUGCCGAACGCGGGGGCUCAACGACUGUCCGUGGUCUGCUGGCUCCGUCGAGCUCGAUUGUUACCAAGGCGCUCCGUCAUCUGGACGGUGAUGUCGUCUUCACGCAACCUUCUUGGUCGCUCACCAAGGGGAAAUGUCCUCCAUGUGUCUCCUACUGCCAUCCGAGGGUGUACGAAGAUGUUGCCGGCUGCAGGGCGAGUCGCGCUGCGCCGAUUGCACGCUCCCAAUGGGUAGAAGAAGCGACGCGAUGUUCCAUAGAUUACGUUUGAGGCGCGUGUCGUUUAAGCCAUUACUGUGGAUAUCGUCCAAAAUCCGAGUGGAGCGGUAGUUUUGUGCGUGUUUGUAAUGGUUGUCGUGGGGUGGUUGUUUCAGCUGCUGACCUAAUGCAGCUUACAUUUGGGGAAGUGGGCGCACGGGAUUUUGUGGGUGGUGUGUUUCGCGAAUAUUACUCGAGUCGUAUUGAUGAUGUUCGGCAUGGGGCGAUGUUAGCCGUUCGUGGUUCGCUGUGACUGGUUUUCUUUAUUAAUUGCUCUGGUGACGGUUUAUACAAUGUGAACAAAACACUGUAUUUUGCACAAAAACGUUUUCUGAAUCAGAAGAAAUUCGCUUUUUGUACUCUAGGCUUUCCCGUGCAAUGAAUGUAAACGUGCGUACAUUUUGUAACAACAACAAACAGAAUUAAUUAAUUUUAAAAAAAAAACUACUUUGUUUAAUUGGACGUGUUUUACACGUUUCGCGCUACGUUUUGUAAAGAUGCGGUGAUUCCGUGCUUAAGGCUUUCUCGCAGUCGUGUGUCAACCACCACCACCACCUCCAUCAAUGGGAAAGCAUGCUUCACGAAAAAGAUGGAUUUGUCCUGAAUCAAUUGAUAGCGCAUGCUUACAAUGUUUACUCUGUAUGUGCUUUACCAAUGACGUUUUUACCGAAGUCUGUCAACAACAACACAAAAAAUGCCUGGAGCUUCGAUUUUCACAUCGGUUGCAUGGAAGGUACAUUAUAUACACUUAUAUUUUUGCAUGGUUGUUAUUAUCGAUAUUAUGAUGAAACGAAAACAAAAUCUUGCCAUUAAAAUCAAGUUAAAUGUU